AUGCCGAAGGACAGAGAAGUGAACGACUUCUUGUUGGACCUCAAGAACGCCGUGGAUCCCAACUCUCCUUUCUGGUUCGGCCUGAACAAACAGAGCGGAGAGGGAGGGUGGGCGUGGGAAGAUGGGGACUCCAUACAGCCCAACCGCAGACUGGACUGGGUGGCAUCCGGGGGAAACCAACAGCUGUUUCCUCACACAGCGAUCCGCUGCCCCCUCGGGUACUUCCGGUGCGGACACGGACAUGCCUGCACCCUGACCUGGAGGCGGUGUGACGGGAGGACGGACUGUUCGGACGGGAGUGACGAGGACGGUUGUGAGUGCCUGCCGAUUCCUGUGGAUUUCAACCUCGGCGGUAGACUUACAAUGUUACCCAAUCAGCUGGACCAGACGACGUUUGAGGAGAUACAGAAUUCCUCUGUCGUGGACCUGCUCAACAGUUCGCCCACAGACGGACAGAACCGACAUCCCGAGUUCCGGGAAUUCGCAUCUACAGUGAUUUUCCCGCAAUGUGCUGUACCCAAAGAGAACGACACUACCUGCUCUUUGUCUCGUCAUGCAGACAACGCGACCUCUUGCAAGAACAAACCACUGCUACCGUGCCGUUCGUGGUGUGAGGAAGUCCUUAACAUGGCUGAUCCCUGGAUGAAGAAGCGGUUCCCAACCUGUGACUUGUUUCCACCACCACAGCACGGCUGUUGGAACCCCGAACCAGCGACAAGGAACGGUGAAGUUUGCUACCACGGUGGCGGCAUGAACUACCGCGGCACACGGAGUACAGCCAAGUCCGGGGCAGAGUGUGUGAAGUGGUCCGCUGCGCAGGAAGGGUUCUACACAGCCGCGUACCCCUGGGCCAACAUAGAUAACAACUACUGCCGUAACCCUACCGGUCUGGGGAGGCCAUUUUGUCUGGUGGAAGAUGGCAGCCAGCAGGAAUGCGACGUCGUUUCCUGCAAUACGAGAGGUUGCUGGGACAUCGGUCCUCCUGACUACGGCAAUAGAAGCCCUAUGAAGAGGUUCUACUACGUGGGAGAAAGGAUCGCCUUCACCUGCAACGAGGGGUACUACAUAAAGCCCGGGUAUCCUACCGAAGUAAGAUGCGUCGAAGGAGGCUUCUGGCAGGUUGACAAGCCCAGUUGUUCAGUGAAUUUCGAGGAUAGGCUAAAAGCCGACCUGCUCGAUGUGAACAAUCGCAACCUAGCAUCUGGGCCUGAGAGCCGUACCCAGCCUGAGAACCCUAGCGACACUGGGAACCGUACCGACACUGACAACUCUAGCGACACUGAAAACCCUACCGACACUGACAACCCUACCGUCACUGGGAACCCUGCCGUCACUGAGAACCGUGCUGAGACUGACAACCCUACCGAGGCAGAGACCCCUACUCGGAUUGAGAACCACAUCCGACCCGUCAUCAGCUUUACUGGAUCUGUAGAACAGAUCGUCGACUUGGAGGAAAAGAAGGAGCAGCUGGUUGCCUCUGUCGUCAUCCAUUUCACAUGGCAGGACAGCCGACUGAGCUGGGAUCCAAAGUACUACGACAACAUCGAGACUAUCAGCGUCCCUGGCAGCAGUAUCUGGACCCCUACACUUACUCUGAAGGGGAACGACCCCUACAUCACCAGCAACAACAACUGUGAAGACAAGCACAGCUCCAGUCACUACACCUUCGAUUGUGGAGCGAAUCACGACUCCGGAAACACUGCUCCGGUCAUCACACCUUCGACUGCUGAGGAAAUAACGUCUCCGGUCAUCACACCCAUGACUGUGGAGCAAAGCACGGCUCCGGUCACUACGCUAUUGCAAGGCGGUUGUCCAGUGAGUUACACCGCACACGGGGACUCGUGCUUCAAGGCAUACAACCAAGUCAAAACCUACAGUCAGGCCAGACAGGUGUGUGCAACGGACGGGGGGCUCCUCGCCAUGCCGAAGGACAGAGAAGUGAACGACUUCUUGUUGGACCUCAAGAACGCCGUGGAUCCCAACUCUCCUUUCUGGUUCGGCCUGAACAAACAGAGCGGAGAGGGAGGGUGGGCCUGGGAAGAUGGGACUCCAUACAGCCCGACCACAGACUGGACUGGGUGGCAUCCGGGGGAAACCAACAGUAACGGAGAAGGCUGUGUCAGCCACCUCGGGGCCGGAUGGAACGACGCGCCGUGCUCGUCCGCAUUCAACUUCAUCUGCCAGCUGAAGGACCCGAUCCGCUGCCCCCUCGGGUACUUCCGUUGCGGACACGGACAUGCCUGCACCCUGACCUGGAGGCGGUGUGACGGGAGGACGGACUGUUCGGACGGGAGUGACGAGGACGGUUGUGAGUGCCUGCCGAUUCCUGUGGAUUUCAACCUCGGCGGUAGACUUACAAUGUUACCCAAUCAGCUGGGUCAGACGACGUUUGAGGAGAUACAGAAUUCCUCUGUCGUGGACCUGCUCAACAGUUCGCCCACAGACGGACAGAACCGACAUCCCGAGUUCCGGGAAUUCGCAUCUACAGUGAUUUUCCCGCAAUGUGCUGUACCCAAAGAGAACGACACUACCUGCUCUUUGUCUCGUCAUGCAGACAACGCGACCUCUUGCAUGAACAAACCACUGCUACCGUGCCGUUCGUGGUGUGAGGAAGUCCUCAGCAUGGCUGAUACCUCUAUGAAGAAGCGGUUCCCUACCUGUGACUUGUUUCCACCACCACAGCACGGCUGUUGGAACCCCGAACCAGCGACAAGAAACGGCGAAGUUUGCUACCACGGUGGCGGCAUGAACUACCGCGGCACACGGAGUACAGCCAAGUCCGGGGCAGAGUGUGUGAAGUGGUCCGCUGCGCAGGAAGGGUUCUACACAGCCGCGUACCCCUGGGCCAACAUAGAUAACAACUACUGCCGUAACCCUACCGGUCUGGGGCGGCCAUUUUGUCUGGUGGAAGAUGGCAGCCAGCAGGAAUGCGACGUCGCUUCCUGCAGUACGAGAGGCUGCUGGGACAUCGGUCCUCCUGACUACGGCAAUAGAAGCCCUAUGAAGAGGUUCUACUACGUGGGAGAAAGGAUCGCCUUCACCUGCAACGAGGGGUACUACAUAAAGCCCGGGUAUCCUACCGAAACAUGGCAGGACAGUCGGUUGAGCUGGGAUCCAAAGUACUACGACAACAUCGAGACUAUCAGCGUCCCUGGCAGCAGCAUCUGGACCCCUACACUUACUCUGAAGGGGAAUGCUAAUCCUUUAUACCAAGGCCUACCAAAAAUCGUUCCGGUCUGGAUCAGUAGCAAUGGCCAGGUAACCUGGAGGGUAGAAACCCUGACCACCACCGUGUGUGAUGCGGACCCCUUCUACUUCCCUGCAGACACCAUGGAAUGCAACAUCUGCUUUGCUGCAUUUUCUUCAACCAUCGAAUGCCAACAAGAUGGAAGUCCCUGUGGCGUCCUGUCUAACCAACAACUGGAGGGCGAAUGGUACCGGAAGGACAUGAUCUUCGCAAAAGACAAGACGGAGGCGUGCUUCACUGUUCAGCUGGAGAGGAUCCCGCUGUUCCACAUCGCCACUACUGUUGGACCCUGCGUCAUCCUGGUGGCGCUGAUGGUCAUCACAUUCGUCAUGCCACUGGACAGGGGGGACCGGAUCUCGUUCGGAGUGACCAUUCAACUCUCCGUGGUCGUGUCUCUCGUGUUCGUGACGGAUGUGCUUCCUGUCAAGGGGGCGCUGCCAUUUUUCGAAUGCCAACAAGAUGGAAGUCCCUGUGGCGUCCUGUCUAACCAACAACUGGAGGGCGAAUGGUACCGGAAGGACAUGAUCUUCGCAAAAGACAAGACGGAGGCGUGCUUCACUGUUCAGCUGGAGAGGAUCCCGCUGUUCCACAUCGCCACUACUGUUGGACCCUGCGUCAUCCUGGUGGCGCUGAUGGUCAUCACAUUCGUCAUGCCACUGGACAGGGGGGACCGGAUCUCGUUCGGAGUGACCAUUCAACUCUCCGUGGUCGUGUCCCUCGUGUUCGUGACGGAUGUGCUUCCUGUCAAGGGGGCGCUGCCAUUUUUCGCCGCGCUGAUCGUCGUGUGCAUGGCGCUGAUGGGACUUUUCCUCUUCUUCACCAUGGCCAUCAUCACCAUUCAUGACAGGCAGGGGAGCCUGUCUCCAAUGGCGAAGACCUUCUUUCUCCGUUACAUGGCAAAGUGCCUGCUGCUCGGAGAUCUGACAGAGAAGAAGGUUGCAAGCGACAAUGGAGAGACUGGUCCCAGCAGCAGGAAGCCGGCCUGGCCUGAGCAGACCAACCGCAUCCUUCCCGCUGAUGUCAUGGCGGUGGUCGACGUGCAAAGCCCGGCUGAUGUCCGCGAGACAGCCCGUCAGCCGCCCGCGCCGUCCAGUAACAUGGAGGAGCAGGCCGAGGCCAUGAAGAACGAGCAGGAGGUGUCUGACUACACCCUGCUGGCUAAGGUCCUGGACAGGCUCUGCCUUGUCAUGUACGUCAUCAGCAUUGCCGUGGCCGUGCCCAUGACCAUGUAUCUGGGCAAGUAAAUUAAAGUUGUGUAAACGUGCCUUAACACAACCAAAAAGUGCGACUUGAUUAUUAUGAUUAUUAUGCAUUGAUUCAGCUUUAAGUAACAUGCAUGUGCAGUCAGGACAUGCCCUUACAAGGGCUGUAGUCCUUUGAGAAUUUUAGUAAGGUAGUAACCCCACUGGUGGAACAUACAUACUAAAUUUGUAUCUUCAGUAUGAUCAAUACCAUACGAAGGUGAAUGUGUGCAAUGGGGCUUAUAGUUCGUAUGGAGCAUAUAAAUCAGACAACAUACAUAUCUAAGUUAAUUUACGUAUCUAACCAGGAAAGACUUGUGGUGUUUUCAAAGAGUGGAAAUGAACCGAGAUGUACUAUUAGAGUCGCCUUCUUGGCAGAAUCUUGCACAUC